CCUGCAUACCUGUUCCAAGUGGACCAGUCCCAGUUGGCUACAAAGUUGAUCAGCCGGACCAUGGAUGGUCGUUGGGGUGGGAAAAGUGAGAGCAUCCAUGUCACAUUGAACGUUGAACAGGCAGCUUACACCCGGGAUGCAUGGGCCAAAGGAGUCUAUACACGACUCUUUGAUUUUAUUGUGAAGGCUGUGAAUGAGGCCAUGGUGACAAGAGACACUGAACUCAAAAUGGGCAUCCUGGACAUCUAUGGGUUUGAAAUCUUUGGGCGCAAUGGAUUUGAGCAGUUCUGCAUCAAUUAUGUCAAUGAAAAACUGCAGCAGAUCUUCAUCGAGCUCACUCUUAAAGCAGAACAAAUUCACAUCCGUUGA